CUUGGAUUUUCUUCAUCGUUGAAUGGAACCUGCACCUGCUUUCCCUUCCUCGACAAAAACACCAGACAGACCGUGAACCCGCGCCCGCGACGCCCGAACAGCCCCAUCCGCGCCAACGAGGAGCGCGCGCCUUUGCCUGAACGCCGUCGUCGCCCGCUCGGCCAGCAACCAUGAAGGAAUUUCUCGACUCGGACAGGGUCAACUUUCUUGUCUGGAGGUAUCUUUUGGAAGGAAACUAUCGAGAAACCGCAGCCAAAUUCCAGAAGGAGUGGCAUGUCCGAGAGCCACACCGGCAUUUUGACUUUGCGCAGCAUGUCAAAAGCCAUGCGCUGGUCUCGGUCGUGAACAACGGGCUGCUGUACAAUGCCCUCGAAAGGGAGUUCGAAAAGUCGCAGCAGGCUCCUCGAAACGCGCUAGCAACGGCCGAGGAGGUUUCACGCGGGGUGUUUGGCCCUUUGGUCAUCCAGCCACCUCAGCAACAGCAACCCGCACCAGUAGUUUUUGACUCGGCGGCAGCAGCAGCAGCAGCACCGGCGACAGCAGCACCGGCGGCAGCAGCACCGGAGCAGGGGCCAGAAUCUGCAGCAGCACCAGCAACUGUGGCAGACGAGGAUGAGGAUGCAACAGGCGACGAGGACGACGAGGUGCAGCCUCCUGUGGAGGAGGCUGAAAACACGCGAAAGCGACAGCUGCAACUGACGAAUGGAUCGCCUCCAGUCAAGCGGGCGAGGCUCAGCAACGGGUGUGAAAAUGGGGUGGCGACGGCUGAUGCGACGACUGCCAUGGAAAUUGACAGCACCGACAACAACCAUGCCUACCCGUCUCCGCUCGAGGUGGAGCAGGUGGUGCCGCCAGCGACCAGGACAUUCGGCGCAGACCACGGAACGCAGGUGGACAAGGUGGACGAGCUUUCUCCAGCCACCAUCUUCCUGAGCAUGUCGGCCGACGACGCAGCGGCGCCUGGCGCGGCGCGGCCAGCGACGCCGCCAGCAGACGGCACGCCUACUCGAGCCCAGCACAACCCUAUCGUCUUGCAUUGCGAGUGGAGCCCCAGCGACCCAUCUGUCUUGGCGGCUGCCGGAACCGAUGCGCUAGCCCGCAUUUGGACAAUCUCGCGUCCAGCCGCCCCUGACCCCGUCACCGGCCACGUGACGGCCGAGUGCAACCAGCCCUUCGAGAGCAUCAUGGAGGACGACGUGCUGCCCAAUGCCUCGGUCACAGCCAUGGCCUGGAACUGGGACGGCACCGCCGUGGCCAUCGCGACCGACUCGGGCAACAAGGCCCGCAUCAGCAUCUGGGCUGCCGACGGCUCCCAGCUGCUGCGCUUCGACGUGGCCGAGCCGCCCAUCAUCAAGCUCAAGUGGAACCCCAACAACUCGUCCAUCCUCGCCAUCGCCCCCGACAAUGACGGUGCCAUUGUUACUGUCUUCGACUCGCGGGCCUCCAACACGGUCUCGUACAGCCUUGCCACACACGAUAUCGACGCGAAUCCGCUCGACGCCGCCUGGAUCAGUGAAGAUGAGUUCCUACUCUGCGGGGGCAAGGUACUUGAGUCGUUUCAAUGCAGCAAAACGGAGAUCGUCUCCGCCAAAAAGUAUCCCACCAAGGAGGACGACAAUUUCACUCAGGUUCAGUUCGAUCAUAGGUCAAAACUGGUGGCCACAGCUAGCGAGUCUGGCAGGAUAGAUCUCUGGGAUGAGUCGUGCCAACGGCGCUCAAUCUCGGCGCACUCGGGGUCUAUCACAUCCUUAACGUGGCAGCCGCUCAAAGCAAACCCAGCCGACGACGAGAGGUUACUAGCUUCGGGCGGAGAGGACGGCAUUAUACACAUCUGGAACGCCCGACUGCCCGAAAACAAGCCGAAGUGGACCAUGACCAUGGAUCCGCCCGUGGUAGCGCUGUCGUUUACACCAGAUGGUGCCUUUAUCGCCGGCGCGACGACGGACCAGAUCCUCAUUUGGAAAGUGGGCGAGUAUUCUGUACCACGGGCUAGCUGGAGCAGGAUCGCGCAUCCAGGCUGGCUCAGUCAGAAGCCAGGUGGCGGCGGCUCGAGUGCCGAAGAUAGCCACUCCCUCUGCUGGGACGCAAGCGGACAGAAGCUGGCAUACGGAACAAACAGCCUGGUUGCCGUGAUCAGCUUUAGGUGACCAAGGGGCCAGCUGUGCACGUGCACAUGGCAUUGACUCUCGUUUGAACGGAUUUUUCCUUUGUCCGAUUUUUGCAUACGUUUUCCGACGCGCGGAUUUCUCAAUAUUGCUAUAUAUAUCUUUCUUAUUUGUCGUUUCAAUGUCGGGUACUCGAGCGUUCUUGCUGCGCUUGGUUGGUGAAAGGGGCCUGAGUAAAUAAGGAGAUUUGGGCCGGCGCGUGGGGUGGCAGGCGUUGGUUUAUUUUUGAUCAUCUAUUUGUAUUUUGGGCUGUUUACCCUUAUCAUUUAUUCUGGCAUGUCUUCCCUCAUAUUGCUCCUCCCUCUCUGUUAUCGUCUUCUUUUCUUGCCUCGUCAGUGUUCUGCCUGAUGCAAGCAUACUCAUCUUGGCUGUAUGUUUGUUUGAACAUCAAAAGGUCGCGAUGAGGUUGGGCACGAGGGAAUGCGAGGGUAUGAAUUGGGAGGCGGGAUGGGCGGGAGUCUGAUCUCUGUGGAAACUGGGAACAAGCACGGGCGAGCCAUGGAUGUACACAUAUACGGUGCUUUACUAGGAGAUUUAAAGCAUAGACUCGUUUUGGCUGGUGCAAGUCUCGUCAGUUCUGAUAGACAGAUACAGCUGAGUUGAUGUCAAGUCAGUCGAGGACAAUGGCAGAGCGGCCUCGGCACAGGGUUCUACACAAGCGGAUUGUGCGUUCCACUCGCUCGAGCAGCAGACCAGGUGGCGAGGACAAUGGGCUCUUUGCAUGCCGAG